AUGACUCAAUUUCCUAUGGAAAAUGUCUUUCCAUCAUUCUAUUGUGAAUGUUAUCCUCACACGAAAGGAAAGGAUCAUUACAACAUUGCAAUUGCUUUAAUCUUUCGUCAAUGUUUCUAUUCGAAUUCAGAUGUGGCAAGUUAUGUGAUUGGAUGGUUGAGUAUUCUUACUAGUAUGAUUAGUUUAUUUCCACAAAUUAUUAAGAAUUUCACAUUGAAAUCCUCAGCUGGCUUAUCAAUUUAUGUUUUUGUAAUUUGGAUGAUUGGUGAUAUUACUAAUCUUGUUGGGUGUAUUUUGACUAAUCAAUUAGCAACACAGAUUUAUUUGGCAGCUUAUUAUGUUGCAAUGGAUGUGAUUAUUAUUUCACAAUAUAUUUGGUAUGAGUUCAAGUUUGAACAGUUUAAGAAGUUGUUGGAAAGAGUUAGAAAUUGGAAGAAAUCAAACGAAAGUUCAAAGCAUGCAACUUCAUCUCUACAAACUAGCACAAGUGGAUCUACAUCUACUGAAAUGACAACAACUCAAAAGACCAUUCUUCCUUCUCACUAUUUACCCAAUUUGUUAACUCUAAUUAUAGUAAUAUUGAUGAUUGUAAUGGCAGAAUUGACUCAAGGUGAAGAGGAAAUAAUGAUGAUGGUGCAGAGUUGUGUUUCAUCCACUGAACAACCUCAAUAUUUAUACAUUUUGGGAAUUGUUUGCUCAUACAUUUCAUGUAUCUGUUAUGUUGCAGCACUAGCUCCACAAGUUUACAAAAAUUAUAAAAGAAAAGGAGUGAAAGGUCUUUCAGUAAGUUAA